ACGCAUUAUCCAGGUCACUUUCACAGACCUGUCUGCAUUAGUCGGGUCGACAAGGAUGGAUUGAUACCCAGGUGUUGUUUUGAUCCAGAAUCCCCAUCAUGAUUAACCAAUAAAGAAGAAAUACCGAAAUUCGUCAAAAGUUACGGAAACCGCACACGUAUUUAAAAUACAAACAUGUCAACAAUGGGCGGUUGACGAUGGUCCGCUGUACGUUGUGAUAAUCAGGACCGCCUAUAACGCCAUUGCGCCAUGCUGGAUCACCGAGGCUGUGCAGUGUGUAUUAUGGACUUUUCGUUUUUAUGUACGCUCACUUAAGGACGAUCUCCAAAUGGAUACCGUGGAUUAUACUGGCGCAAAUGUACGGCUAAUGAAGGGAAUACAGCAUUUGCCAAAUUGGCAGCUGAUCAUACCACUGUUGCUGCUUACCUCAUACACAGCGUGCGACAUUAGCACUCCUUCGUCAGUUCCAGACUCCAGCGACCAAAAUAUGACAGUGGCCACAUGCAUAGGCGGAACAGCUUCCUUUACCUGGAGCUAUGAGGUCCAGCCAUUCUUGGCAAUCGAAUGGUUUUUUGGGGAUAAACCUAUUGCAGACACAACUGUUAAAUCGUUUUCAAAGGAUGACAUCAGUAUCACUCCAAACUACACUUACCGUUUUCACCUGCAAACAGCCGGGAAAGUUGGAUUUAGUCUUACAGACGUGACGAAGAAUGACACAGGAACUUACAGUUGCGUUGUUACACUGGAAAGUACUCAUAUCUCGAAGGAGUUUACCGCGCAGUUACAAGUUAAAGGUGCAACAGGUGCAACAGGAAGCCGACGAAAAAGGGCAACAUCAGGUGUGGAUGGACAGCUUUCCUGUGACGCGGAUGAACAGCCUCACGCCUCUGAUCCUUCAACAGAUGCAACCAUCGGUAUUGCCGUCCCUAGUUGCAUUGUUGGGAUUGGUGUUGUGGUUAUUGUAAUCAAGAGGAAGCGCAACUCCCGUACUGAACAAGGGUCCGCUGGUCCAGAUGGUAACUCUUCGGAGGAGACAAUUCCCGAAUCACAUAAACUCGCGGGACAUGAGGAUCAAACAAGUGACCCAGGCAAACAAACGUGCGAACGGAUGAACCUCACUCAGACAUGUUAGAUCACGUUGGUUCUGCAGUAAAAACCGCUGUGAGGCGUUCGGCAACAGGCACUUUUUGAUGCACAUGUUGUGAGUUGCGUGUGCGACCGGAGGAGCAAAACAUGCUUACCCUUUUUGCAAAUAACUUGAUGUCAUCACCGAUUUUCAGUGAUUCCCUCAAAUCAGUUUCACCACUAUUAUACCUGUUAAGUCCAAUUGAAUCCGUUUUGCAGAUCAUUGAGGCUGAUUAUUCUCUGGCAUUGACAUUCUUUAUUCAUCAUGUCACAUAAUAUCAUUUAUAAACUAUAUCCAUAAGAGUUGGUUAUCUGUUUGAGAGGCCGGUAAACAUUUUCUAUAUCCAUACCACUGUUUCUUUGUAACAAUAUAACAUGUUAUGUAAACAUUGAAUAAUUUUAAAGUCGACAAAACCCAUUUCAUAAUUAAAAAAAAUCCACAUCGUUGAAUUUUGACAUCCCAAGCAUGUGUCUUUGAAUCACUAUCAAAUGGUGAUGAUGCCAGAUAACUUCUUUGAUAGGCAUUUAGAAGUUGGAGUACUAAGUUAGGAUAAGAAUUUAUGGAUGAACAAAAAAGUUGUUCAUCCAUAAAUUCUUAUCCUUACUUAUGAUGCCAGAUGUUUGCGAAAAGUUGAGCGUAUCGUGCCCCAUUAGUGGCAUCUGUCACAAAUGCAUACAAAGGCAAGGUAACUAUUAACGAUAUAGGGACUUAUGGUACAAGUCAAAAUAAGGAAUUGCUUCAGAUAUAAUCUUUUUCGGUAAUGCAUUAAUUUGGGAUUAUUGUCCUCACAUGGAAUGGUGUUUGAAACUAAGAAUCGCUUUACUGACAUAAUUUGCGGAACCUCUAUUGCUAGGACCCAUAUAAUUUUUCAUUUUUCACAUGAUUGAGUUAAAGCCAAGAAAAUCAAAUAUCUACUCUUUUCCGAAAGUUAGUUGCUUUUGUACCCUUCAGCAAAAUGCUGUGAAGGGAUAUAUUGAAUGAAGCCAAAGGUUACUUGGCAUUCCAGAAGUUGGUGAAUAGAUAAGAAAACGUACAACUUUAUUGAUAAAUUCUUUUUUAUUGCAUGUAGAUACGUUACGAUGUAGUUACUUACACCGUCAUCAAGCUGGAAUGACUACAAACAAACUACAGAAACAUGCUUUUUGGAGGAAGAGCUACUGCUAUUCUCGUAAUCCCUCGUCUAACACGCAAAGUUAUCUUUGUCGUUACCCAUAAAGUUGAACGUUUUCUUAUUUUCUUAGUAAAGUCAACAAGCACUUCACUAGAAAGGAUGUGUAUCUACACAAAUGUUUCAUAUUUUGAA